AUGAUGAGGUGAGAAACGGGCGACUGGAGCUGAGCUGAAGCGGCAGUGACGGAGCGCUGAAGCGGCAGUGACGGAGCGCUCGUCCCGGCUGUACCUGCCUGCCUGAUAUCAUUAAUUAAACUAAAUUUAAGCUUAAUAUCGGUUUUGGGAUUAGAAGCUCCCCGGGUCCUUCAGCUUCUCCGCGCGGCUCUUCAUCUGCACGGGUGACAUCAUGUCUGCUAAAGCCAUCUCGGAGCAGACGGGGAAAGAGUUCCUGUAUAAGCACAUCUGCACAACGGCGGCUGUCCAGAACCGCUUCCUGUACGCCACAGUCACAGCCGAGACAGACUGGGAGCGUCUCAAACAGGACCACCCAUGGCUUCUCACCCAGCGAUUGGUCGUGAAGCCCGAUCAGCUGAUCAAGCGCAGAGGGAAGCUUGGACUGGUGGGCGUCAACCUCGAUCUCCAGGGCGUCCGUGAUUGGCUGAAGUCGCACAUGAUGAGAGAGACCACAGUCGGAAAAGCGACGGGUAUCCUGAAGAAAUUUCUUAUCGAGCCGUAUGUGCUGCACUCGCAGGAUGAGGAGUUUUACGUGUGUAUCUACGCCACACGCGAGGGAGAUCACGUGCUUUUCCAUCAUGAAGGCGGCGUGGACAUUGGGGAUGUUGACUCCAAAGCACAGCGUCUGAUGGUGGGCGUGGACGAGAAACUCGGCGUGGACACAGUGACCGAACAUCUGCUCACACACAUCCCUGAUGAGAAGAAGCAGGUUCUGGCCAGCUUCAUCGUCGGACUUUUUAACCUCUACGAGGAUUUGUACUUCACCUACCUGGAGAUCAACCCGCUCGUUGUCACUCAGGAAGGCGUGUACAUUCUGGACAUGGCGGCAAAAAUCGAUGCCACGGCUGAUUUCAUCUGCAAACCGAAGUGGGGUGAUGUGGAGUUUCCUCCUCCAUUUGGUAGAGAAGCCUAUCCUGAGGAAGCUUACAUAGCAGAUCUGGAUGCUAAGAGUGGCGCGAGUCUCAAACUCACCCUGCUGAACCCCAGAGGGCGGAUCUGGACCAUGGUGGCAGGAGGAGGAGCCUCUGUUGUGUACAGUGACACUAUCUGUGAUCUGGGUGGAGUGGAUGAGCUGGCGAAUUACGGCGAGUACUCCGGUGCUCCGAGUGAACAGCAGACAUACGACUACGCCAAGACCAUCCUCUCACUCAUGACUCGUGAGAAACACCCUGAUGGUAAAGUUCUGAUCAUCGGAGGAAGCAUCGCUAACUUUACCAACGUAGCAGCGACUUUUAAGGGCAUAGUGAGAGCCAUUAAGGACUUCCAAGGUCCCCUGAAGGAGCACGAGGUCACUAUUUUUGUGCGUCGAGGAGGACCGAAUUACCAAGAAGGCCUCAGGGUGAUGGGAGAAGUCGGAAAGACCACCGGGAUUCCCAUCCACGUCUUCGGCACCGAGACUCACAUGACCGCCAUUGUUGGCAUGGCACUUGGACACCGUCCGAUCCCGAACCAGCCUCCGGCUGCCGCUCACACCGCCAACUUCCUGCUUAAUUCCAGUAGCAGUGCUGCGACUCCAGCAACAACCAGAACUGCUUCCUUUUCUGAGCACAGACCCAAUAACGACCUGACGCCGGCUAAAAAGCCCAAACCCGGAGUUCCACCAGUGUCCCCUCUCUAUCAGACUUGGUCAAUGAAGAGUGCAUGCAGCACCAGUGUUAAAGAGCACAAGAGCACGGCAGAGCCGAGCAGAGCUAAAGCUACCACUCUGUUCAGUAAACACACGAAGUCUAUAGUGUGGGGGAUGCAGACGCGAGCGGUUCAGGGAAUGCUGGACUUCGACUAUGUAUGUUCUCGUGAAGAGCCCUCGGUAGCAGCCAUGGUUUAUCCAUUUACAGGAGACCACAAGCAGAAGUUCUACUGGGGUCAUAAGGAGAUCUUGCUACCCGUUUAUAAGAACAUGGCCGAUGCCAUGAAGAAGCACCCAGAGGUGGACGUCCUGAUCAGCUUCGCAUCUCUGCGCUCGGCCUUCGACAGCACCAUGGAGACCAUGAACUACCCGCAGAUCCACACUAUAGCCAUCAUAGCCGAGGGAAUUCCUGAGGCUCUCACGCGGAAACUCAUCAAAACCGCAGACGAGAAAGGCGUGACCAUUAUCGGCCCGGCUACGGUGGGCGGGAUAAAACCCGGCUGCUUUAAGAUCGGGAACACCGGCGGGAUGCUGGACAACAUCCUGGCGUCGAAGCUGUAUCGGCCAGGCAGCGUGGCGUACGUGUCGCGCUCGGGCGGCAUGUCUAACGAGCUCAACAACAUCAUCUCUCGCUCCACGGAUGGCGUGUACGAGGGCGUGGCCAUCGGAGGGGACAGGUAUCCCGGGUCUACAUUCAUGGACCACGUGCUGCGUUAUCAGGACACGCCUGGGGUGAAGAUGAUCGUGGUGCUGGGAGAGAUUGGCGGUACAGAAGAAUAUAAGAUCUGUGACGGCAUUAAGGAGGGCAGGAUCACUAAACCCGUGGUGUGCUGGUGUAUCGGUACCUGCGCUACCCUCUUUUCCUCCGAGGUGCAGUUUGGUCACGCCGGCGCAUGCGCUAAUCAGACCUCAGAGACGGCCGUGGUGAAGAACAUGGCACUGCAAGAGGCCGGGGUUUACGUUCCCAAGAGCUUCGACGAGCUCGGAGACGUCAUCAGAACGGUGUAUGACAAUCUGGUGGCGAGCGGCGUUAUCGUUCCUGCACAGGAAGUUCCCCCUCCCACAGUGCCGAUGGACUAUUCCUGGGCCAGGGAGCUGGGUCUGAUCCGUAAGCCAGCCUCCUUUAUGACUAGUAUCUGUGAUGAGAGGGGACAGGAGCUGAUCUAUGCUGGCAUGCCCAUCACUGAGGUCUUCAAGGAGGAGAUGGGUUUAGGUGGAGUCCUUGGACUUCUUUGGUUCCAAAGGAGGUUGCCCCGGUAUGCGUGUCAGUUCAUUGAGAUGUGUCUGAUGGUGACGGCGGAUCACGGCCCCGCUGUGUCUGGAGCUCAUAACACCAUUGUGUGCGCCCGAGCCGGGAAAGACCUCGUCUCCAGCCUCACGUCUGGCCUGCUCACCAUCGGUGAUCGGUUUGGCGGUGCUCUGGACGCUGCCGCUAAACAGUUCAGUAAAGCGUUCGACAGUGGGGUGCUGCCCAUGGAGUUUGUCAACAAGAUGAAGAAGGACGGCAAACUCAUCAUGGGGAUUGGGCACCGCGUCAAAUCGAUUAAUAAUCCUGAUAUGAGGGUCCAGAUCCUGAAGGACUUUGUGAAGCAGCACUUUCCCGCCACACAGCUGCUGGACUACGCUCUCGACGUCGAAAAGAUCACCACAUCCAAGAAGCCGAAUCUGAUCCUGAAUGUGGACGGUUUCAUUGGUGUUGCGUUUGUGGACUUGUUGCGGACGUGUGGAGGAUUCACUCGAGAAGAGGCGGAUGAGUACGUGGAAAUUGGCGCUCUGAAUGGGAUUUUUGUUCUGGGACGCAGCAUGGGAUUCAUCGGUCACUACCUGGAUCAGAAGAGAUUGAAACAGGGCCUGUACCGCCACCCGUGGGACGACAUUUCCUAUGUGCUUCCUGAGCACAUGACCAUCUGAGUGUUUGGUCUCUAACCUGUGGGCUGUGUUUAAUCACAAAAAGGAGGUGGAGGGUAAAUGAAGUGCGCUAUUUAUAUUCACAUGAAGGUUAUGGAACACUUAUUUAAUGUCUGCCACUGCGUCUCUCUCUCUCUCUCUCACACACACCACACACACACACACACACACCCACACACACACACACACACCCCUCAGUCCACUUUCCUAGCACCUUAUAAGUGUGCUUCAAUGACACACACACACAAAUACACUCCGACUGCAUAAGCACAUUAAUCGACCGGUUUGCUGACUUGCUGAACAGCUAGCUGGUUUUAUAGCUAGCUGCGUAGCUCAUCACUUCAUUACUCAUAACUAGUGGUCUUAACAACACGCUACCAAAUAACUAUUUACCUCCAUGGCUCCUCGUGUUCCUGGUUUCAUACGGUGCUGAGAACUAGAACAGCUCUCGACCUAGCGUGAUAACUAGCACCCUGGAUAGCGACUUUCCUCAAGUGUUCAUUUACUAAGCGUUAUUACUUGCUUCAUAGUUAACGGCUUCAUUUGUUUUGUUUUGUCUUUGUUCUUAACUACUUUGAGAACUAGUACAUUUACAUUUAGGGCAUUUUAGCAGACGCCCCGGUCCAGAGCGAUGGUGUAAACUUGCUUACAACCUUCAUAACAUAACUAGCUGAUUAAUAACUUCCCUUUAGCAAACUAUGCUGAGUGUAAUUACUUACUAAUUAUUUACCUUGGGGAGCUUCUUAUUGGUGGUUUAAUAGAUUAACUAAUGACUAGUUAUCACGCUGUCUAGUUCUCACAUUCGCGUGUGAGCAAGAGCACUAGUUAUUUCUGAAACCAGAUAGUUUUGCACUACCAGAUAAACGGCACCGGUAACUAGCUGUUAACCGGCUUGAUAACCGGCUCCCUUAUAGCUAGUUUACUAGCUAGUCUGAUUAUAAUACAAAAUGUUUGUGGUUACGUGGUUACGCAAUCAUAAACGUGCGAUUGGAGCAAAGCAUUCUGGGGAAUGGUCGCUCCGGAAGCUCACUAUUAGGGGAAGUGGAUGAGGGUGUGCUAAAAGUUAAAAGCGCAAUUGGGACCGUGGAAAAACAGGAAAACUUACUUUUUUUUUAAUAUAUUUUAAUCUCACACACACACACACAUGCACACUCUUCGUUUCAUUCCUGUGUUCAAGUUUGUUACCGAAAAAGUUUUAAGUCUGCUGUUAGAGUGUGUGUGUGUGUGUGUGUGUGUGUGUGUGUGUGAUAGGAACACCGAUGUAUUAACUCUUUACGCUAAGCCUCAGCGACAGCUGUGUCUCAUUUACCAGCCUGCCUGCAUGUCCUCCUUCCUUCUUUACUCACUAGUUACUUCCUGUUUGGUUCUGGUUCCUGGAGAGACGCGGGUUCUCUGUUACGACUUUGCUUUUAUGUUUCUGUAUUUAAAUGUGAAUACAAGCAGCUUUUUUUUCUGUUCUGUUUUCCUUCUUUCUUUUUUUAACAAAUGCCUAAAACUGUAAUAUUGUAGAAUAUAAUAAAGUCAUUCUUGGUUA